GGCGGCUGCGCGGGCCCGGCAGGCGCUCAGACCGGGAGGGGGAGCCCAAGGCGGGGGGCGGGGGCAGGGGGAGGGCCCGAGCACCCCCAACUAAGAAGGGGGCGGGACCCCGCCAAGUUCCCGCCCCCUCCCUGCCCCCUCCCCCUGCCCCUAGAGGAGGAAGCUGCAGCCCUCCACGGGGCGGGUCCGGCCCCAGAUCUGACCAGAGCUCCGGGCCCCCCCUCCCCUGCCCCUUCCCCGGAGCCUCCGGGUGUACCCCGGAGCCCGGGAGCCCAGUGCGGCCCAGCCCGCCCCCCGAGCGCCCCGCCAUGAGUGAGAACCUGCUCUGCUCUAGCCGGGCCACAGUCAUGGUUUAUGAUGACAUCAACAAAAAGUGGUUACCGGCCGGGACAGGACCCCAGGCCUUCAGCAGAGUCCAGAUCUACCACAAUCCCAGCACCAAUGCCUUCCGCGUUGUGGGCCGAAAGAUGCAGCCAGAUCAGCAGGUUGUUAUUAACUGUGCCAUUGUCCGGGGUGUCAAGUACAACCAGGCCACACCCAAUUUCCAUCAGUGGCGGGAUGCCCGCCAGGUCUGGGGCCUCAACUUUGGCAGCAAGGAAGAUGCAGCUCAGUUUGCGGCAGGGAUGGCCGAAGCCCUGGAGGCCUUGGAAGGGGGUGGGCCACCCCCACCUCCCCCUGCAUCCUGGUCUGUCCAGAAUGGACCCUCCCCAGAAGAGGUGGAGCAGCAGAAGAGGCAACAACUGGAGCACCUGGAGCAGGUGGAAAGAGAGCGCCGGGUCUCCAGUGCAGGGGCUCCAGUUGCUGCCCCAGCUGGGGGGCCCCCACCCCCUCCAGGACCCCCUCCUCCCCCUGGCCCACCCCCGGCCCCUGGGCUGCCCCCCUCAGGAGCAGGGCCUCUGGCCCUAGGUGGGGUGGGAGGCCCACCCCCAGCACCCCCGCUCCCGUCUGCCCAAGGCCUCAGUGGGGGAGGCGGGGGCGCCCCAGGCCUGGCUGCGGCCAUCGCUGGAGCCAAACUCAGGAAGGUCGGCAAGGAUGAGUCCUCAGGGCCCCCUCCCGCCCCAAAGGCUGAGAGCACUCGGAGCACCGGGGGAGGGCUCAUGGAGGAAAUGAGCGCUAUGCUGGCUCGGAGGAGGAAAGCGACAAUGAUUGGGGAGAAGGCCCCAGCCAAGGACGAGCCUGCCAAUCAGGAAGAAGCUGAAACAAGAAUUCCCACGCAGAAUGAGCCUGUUCGGAGACCAUGGGAAAAAAACAGCACAACCCUACCCAGGAUGAAGUCUUCCACAUCAGUCACGAGCUGUGAGGCCCCUACCUCAACUCCCAGUGCCCACGAGGAGUCCGAUCUCGACAGGGUCAAACAGGAACUGCUGGAGGAGGUGAGGAAGGAGCUUCAGAAAGUGAAAGAAGAGAUCAUAGAAGCUUUUGUCCAGGAGCUCCGGAAACGGGGUUCUCCGUGAGCAGAGGGACCCAGGAACCUAGCCCUCUCUCAGUCCCUCCUGUCUCGAGCUUUGGGCUGGGCCGGAGAAGGCUCCCCAACACCACGGCCCGCUUGCAAGAUCCCAAGGAGGUGGGCAGCACGGCCUGCCACUCCUUCCUGGCAUGCAGAUUUGAGGCAGGGGCUCUACCUACCCCUUCUGCCCCUGGUCCAUUCCUCCUUUCAGCCCCUUAGGGCUCCUUCCUCUGCUUGGGACAGAUCAAUCAGUUCCAAGAUGUGAAGAGAAAUGGGGAGAUCAUUGCUCCUCUUCCUGGAGCCCCUUUGAGGGCCUAAUGUUCACUUUAAUCCUUAAAAGCCUUCAAUUUUUUUAAGAAAAUAUAUAUAUAUAUUUGUUUGGGAGGGAAAGGGGGGGAUUUUAUUUGUUUUGAUAAGGGUGGGGUCUUGGCAGUCUUCGAUGCUGUAAUCCCAACUGUCCUCUGGGAGUGUGGUUCUUCCGGGGGUACAGGGGGCCAGGACCCCUCCCCACUGCAGGGAACUCCCUCCUCCCCUCUCCCUCAAAUUAUUCUCCUUCCCCUUUUUCUAUAAGGAAUUAAGAUUCUAUAAAAUACUGUAACUUUUUUUGAAAAACAUUUUUUGUUGUUGAAUUUGGGUAGGGCUGGGUUUUGGAGCCAGUGAAUGGAGUCGGAACCCCCUCCUAGGAGGAGGGGGAAUGGUCUUUCAUCCCCUUCCUCAUGUUGAAAUGAACUUGGUUAGAAUAAAUCUACCCGUUUUGUUUUCUGCCACAACA